UCACGUCAAGAACUCCACGGUUAGCCGAUCUCCGACGACAAAAUCCGAAGAACUCUAACGAUUCACUGAUCUCCGACGACAAAAUCCGGCGUUAUUUCUGCAUAUGAAUACAGAAGAAGAGAGGAGAAGUAAAUCAAUCAAAGACCGCUCUCUCGCAUCAUCUCUCUCUGUCUCAUUGGUGAGUCCUAGGUCUGGCAACAACAUCCGCCGCCGUUUCGUGAUCUUUUGUGUUAGCUUCAAUGGCAGAUUUAAAUAAACACGUAGAAAAGACGAAAUCACCGUCCUCCUUCUUCAACAGAUCGCUCACAAUCCACCACGAACACAGACCAACGGAUUCAACCCCCCAAAUCACACACCAUGAAUCCUUCCCUGAACCGAACCACCUCCAUAACCAAAUUCUACAACCCCGUCGAAACAGUAGUCGAAAAAUAACAAAGCCACUCUCAGUAUAUCAAGUAUGCAUCCACCAAUAAGAGGAGGUUUCCCCGCAAGAGCUACUGCCGAACGAGGUGGACCCAGUUCCGUGAAGAACACAAACCCAUGUGCUCCACCGGGAUUUCCACUGCGAAGCCUUGAUGAGCUAUUACAAGCACCUGCACGAAGAAACCAGCCAACUCUCCACCCUGAGAAGAAAGAUGGUGCUCUUUGGAUAUCAAUUGACAAUGAGGUCAAGUAUGAUAUAAAGAGAGCCUUUUCCAACGAUUUUGAUGGAGCUUGGUGGAAUCUCAGUGAGGUUCCUCAAGACCAGCAAGACAAGUGGUGGUCAGACUUUGUGCAAAAGUAUUACUGGGAUUCAGAGCACCAUAAUUUGGUGAAGACUCUUUGGACAAAGAAACUCAGGAGAAUGAUCUCAAACAACAUUAGCAAGGGAAAGACACACAACAAAAAGCCCACCUUUGUCUCUGAUAACAACUGGAAGUUGAUGUGGCGAUACUGGAACACUCCUCAGGCAGUGGUUCAGUUACCGGCAGAGAAGGCAUCACUGUGUGAACAAGAGAAGCUUUGCGCGUCUCCACUCUUAUCUCAGCUUGUGAUUGUGAAGUUGCAGGUUUCUGCAAAGGGAUGUGUUCAGUUACUGGAAGAGAAGGCACCACAGUGUGAAUAA